AUGGUUCUAACAGGGGCUUACAGGAAGCCAUUUCUGUGACCUAGUUGUAUGCAUAAGAAGGACGAGAUCAAUUAACACCAGAAGAGUUUGUGAGUAUCCUGCCCCUGUGCUUCUGCAGAGCUCUGGCCAAUCACAACAAAGCAGACUUUGUGCUUGGGUUCGAGUAAUUUUUGCGCUCACUGUCGGAGCGGUGAAGUGUUUUUUACACGCAGAGUUCGUGCAGUGGGUCAGAAAAAAGGCAUUUCUUCCGUGAGUGGGAAUGACAAGCUUAACCCGUGUAUCAAGACCUUAGAGAAACAUCGAAAGUUCAUCAGAAGAGUUUAUUUCAUUAUUGAAGUUUAGGUUCGGGUUUUAAAAACAACAAAAACGCUUCACACGAAACAUCAACUGUUCAGAGGACACAUCUCGAGUCAGAAUGACAGCCAACAUGGAGAAAUCCAAAAACUUUCGAAUUGAUGCGCUGCUGGCGCACGACGUGGACCAGAGGACGGACACGGACAGUGCGUCCCCCGGGCUGUAUCACAGCAGGAGCCCCGGAGACAGCCCGCUGUCGACCGGCGGCUCAGAGACGCCCUCCUCCCCUCAUCCAAACUCCUCAAACUCGUCUCCGGCGCAGUCUGAAAUCCUCUCCAAGUCUCAUCUCUUCAACCUGUCCCAGUCGGGAUUCCCUGCCCUGCAUCAGGUGGGUCUCAUCGGAAUGCACCCGAGCUCUGUGUAUCCCGUGGCGGCCCUCGGAGGCCAGCACACCGCCUUCAUGUACCCCGGCUUCACGCAGCUGGUCCAUCCGUAUCCGGAGCAGCUGAAGGGGGUCACCGGGACGCUCCCACUGGAGCCUUGGAUCAGAGCCGGGAUGAUGAUGCCCAGACUCAGAGAGUAUAACGCACCAUCUCAGACAGGUUUGUUGGGGAAGUGUCGGAGGCCCAGAACAGCUUUCACCAGUCAGCAGCUGCUGGAACUGGAAAACCAGUUCAAGCUCAACAAGUACCUAUCCAGGCCUAAACGGUUUGAAGUGGCCACCUCGCUCAUGCUAACAGAGACUCAGGUUAAGAUCUGGUUCCAGAACAGGCGGAUGAAGUGGAAGAGAAGUCGCAAAACUAGGGAACAAGUAACUCCAAGCAGCCUCGCGGACAGAGAAAGAAGCAGGAUGGAUUUGAAGAGUAUCAAACGUCACGGUGGCUCUCGCACCUUGAGCCUAGAGGAUGAGGAGGAGAUAGCAGGGGAACACGAGGAUGAGAAAGAGCAGAUAAAAGAGCUGAGAGAAAGUUCCUUUGGCUCUGUUGGGUUCACGAGGCAUUCAGGAGGAGAAAUGGGAAACUACAACUCUUACUCAGAGGAGGAGACUGAGGAGGGAGGCCCAGGAACAAAAACUGGGGCUUUCCCAUCAUAAACUCAUCCAUGUUUUUAUUAUAUGUCUUCUUAUGCUCAUUAUUAUUAAAAUAGUAAUGCCAUUGCAAUCCUGUGCACGAAGACGGUGGAAUGAAAACAACGUUUUGUUAAAAGUUUUGCUUGGUUAGUUUGUUUUUUAACAGCCUGGAUCAUAGUGCUAAACCAACUCCAAACAUCUCAGUCUGUUAUUAAUAUUACAUGAAAUCAGAACUGUUCAAUUGUUAUGUACCUGAACAUUUAAUGCUUUAAUAGCCAGCUAUCCAUCCAUGAGUUAUGACUUUAAAAUCAACAAAUAAUUCAGACUUUUUGAAUUUAUCUUUAUGACUUAAAGCCCACUUCCCUGUCCUGCCACCUGCAAUAAACACAUUUAUCUUUGUACGCGCAUGCAAUUAAACUACAUGAACGAGUGAUAAUGGCACUUUCAUAGAAGGUAGUAGACAAUGAGACAGACAUAAAAUAAAACUAAUGGUGUCAGUGUGGAUGGUAAUAUUAUCCAGGUUUCCUGGUCCGUUACAAUACGUGAUUUACGUGAACUCAGCUGACGUUUCAGGGCAUUAUAAACACAUAACAG